AAAUAACAUUAGCAAACAAACAUUUGCUGCUUUUUCCGCUUUGUAAACAAAUAAAUUAGUAUGAACUUUAGACACAUUUUUGGUUUUGUGCUCAUCAUCCUGGCAAUCAACUUGCAGCAGUCGCAAGCCAGUUGGCUGAGGGACAGGGCCUCAGACUUGAAGAAGAAAACCGAGCAGACUUUUAAGUACAUCAAAAACGCGGCACUGGAGGUCAUUGAAGUCGGCCAAAAAGCCGCGGAUGUUGCUGCCACUGCCAGGGGACAAAAGAAGUAGAAAUAUGUCGGAUUCAAUAUAUUUGGUAAUAAAAUAUAAUAUUAAAUAAAAUCAAAGAGUAUUAAGUGCUAAAAACUCUCAA